GCGCUGGGCCGUGCAAUGUGGAGGAGCACGUUUCUGGCUCGCCCCGUGCGCGCGUCCCCGGGAUCGCUGCCUGGUCCCCGGGUCGGCAGGGGGCUGCGGCCGGGCGGCGCGGAGCAGCCAGAGGUCGCCCCCGGAGCCCCGCCGCCGCCGCCGCCCGCUCUGCGCCCUUCCCCGGCCGGCUUCUCCAACUUUGCCCGGCCGCCGGCGGGGGGCUCUCCGUGCCGCGGGCGCCUUCCCCCCGGGGGUGGGGUCUCCGGCUCGGCGCUCGCUCGCCGCUCGGCGCAGUUUGCGAGAGGAGGACGCGGCGCGCCUGCCCGGGAUCGGCACGGCUCGGUCCUCGCGGGGCGGGCGGGGGGUUCUCGGGCGCGGGCUCUCCUGCUCCCCGCACGAUGCUGCCGCGGAUCGGGGCGCUGCUGUGGGCGCUGCUGGAGCUGGUGCCGCCGCUGGGCGCCGGAGCGGCUGACGGGAAAGCGCGGGGCUGCGGCGAGGUGAGGCAGGCGUACGGCGCCAAGGGCUUCAGCCUGGCCAACAGCCCCUACCAGGAGAUCGCAGGGGAACAUUUGAGAAUUUGCCCUCAGGAAUAUACGUGCUGCACAUCAGAAAUGGAAGAUAAGCUGAGCCAGCAAAGCAAAUUGGAAUUUGAGAACUUUGUGGAUGAGACAAGUCAUUUUGUGCGCACUACCUUUGUGUCUAGGCACAAGAAAUUUGAUGAAUUUUUCCGAGAACUCCUGGAGAAUGCAGAAAGAUCCUUAAAUGAUAUGUUUGUACGGACAUACGGGAUGCUAUACAUGCAGAAUUCAGAAGUAUUCCAAGAACUCUUUAUAGAACUGAAAAGAUACUACACAGGAGGCAAUGUGAACUUGGAGGAAAUGUUGAAUGAUUUCUGGGCUCGACUAUUAGAGCGAAUGUUCCAGCUCAUAAACCCCCAGUAUCAUUUCUCUGAGGACUAUCUUGAGUGUGUAAGCAAAUAUACAGACCAGCUCAAGCCUUUUGGAGAUGUACCCAGGAAACUGAAAGUUCAGGUGACGAGAGCUUUCAUCGCUGCAAGAACCUUUGUUCAGGGACUGACCGUGGGCAGAGAAGUGGCUAACAGGGUAUCCAAGGUCAGCCCUACCCCAGGAUGCAUCCGUGCAUUAAUGAAGAUGUUGUACUGCCCUUACUGCCGAGGACUUCCCACUGUGAAACCUUGCGACAACUACUGCCUCAACGUAAUGAAGGGCUGCCUGGCAAAUCAAGCUGAUUUGGAUACCGAAUGGAAUCUCUUUAUAGAUGCUAUGCUUUUGGUAGCGGAGAGAUUAGAGGGACCAUUCAACAUCGAAUCAGUAAUGGAUCCUAUCGAUGUCAAAAUUUCCGAAGCCAUCAUGAACAUGCAAGAGAACAGUAUGCAGGUGUCUGCAAAGGUGUUUCAAGGGUGCGGACAACCUAAACCAGCACCAGGAUUAAGAUCUUCUCGCUCUAUUCCUGAUAACUUUCAUAACCGUUUCCGACCCUACAAUCCUGAGGAAAGGCCAACAACAGCUGCUGGGACGAGCUUGGAUAGGCUGAGGACUAUCUGGAGGACAAUGCAACAUGGUGUGAUUGACAUUAAAGAAAAACUGAAGCUUUCGAAAAAGUUCUGGUCUGGGUUACCAUAUACUAUCUGCAAAGAAGAAAGCGUGACUGCUGGCCCAUUAAAUGAGGAGGACUGCUGGAAUGGUCACACGAAAGCUAAAUACCUACCAGAGAUCAUGAAUGAUGGACUUACCAAUCAGAUCAACAAUCCUGAGGUUGACGUGGACAUCACCAGGCCCGAUACUUACAUCCGGCAACAAAUCAUGGCCUUGAGAGUCAUGACUAAUAAACUCAGGAAUGCAUACAAUGGAAAUGAUGUGAACUUUCAGGACACAAGUGAUGAAACCAGUGGCUCAGGAAGUGGGAGCGGUUGCACCGAUGACAUUUGUCCCACCGAGUUUGAAUUCAUCACCACAGAAGCACCUCUUGUUGACUCGGACAGGAGGGAAGUGGACUCCUCAGCAAGCCGAUCUACCCGUCCAGCAUUUACGUGGUUCGUUAUCUGCUUGGCCCUCCUACUGCAAAGACAAUGCAGAUAAUCCUGGCUCCAGUCAGAUAUGACUGUCUUUUAGCUAUUGAAGAACAAAACAACAAACUUCCUUCUUUUGUUACGCUCUUGGACUACGGACCACGCGACAAACACAGUUUUCUACCAGAAGAGAGUGGCACUGAAACCUGCUCCCCUUUGUGCUUUCCCAAAGAGUCCCGGGUGCCGACUGAACUGUUUUCUGUCUCACUUCAGACAGCUGCGAAGGCCAGGUCCACUUCUCAGAAAUCUCAGAUUUUUUUAUUACAGGAGACUUUUCAGAACUUCCUUUGCUUUUAUGCUGCAGGUAGAAAAGAGGCUGGGAAAGGGAGGGAUACAAGUUGUAUGUGGGGUUUUUUUUUUCCUUUACCAAGAAAAAGAGAAUAAAUAUCAUUCGGAAUCUGGCUAAGCCUAACAAAACGGGAGGAGAAGGCGAGACCCUCUUUUGGGGGUGCUGCUGUAUCACACUUCAGGUCACCAAAAUGAUCUUUACCAUUGAGGGAAUAUCUCCGAAUUUUCUUUUCUUUUUGUCAGACCAAUCUAAGUGCAAGCUUUGUGCACCAUUGGCCAAAAAUACAGGAUUUGCCAAUACAUUCAUGACAAAAAUGGGAAGAUUAUCUUCUAGGAAUAGAGCAACAUCAUUCCUCUGGGGAUACUCACGUUGUUUACCCCACCUCUUAUUCUUCAUUCUGAUUGGUUUCUUCUUUAUCCAUGAUAUGUAAAUGACAAAGGACUCCAUCCAGUUGCCCAUUAUCACCUUUUUACAAUGAAGUCUUAACACUUCUCAGACACAUUUUGAUACAAGGAUUUGGAUAGCAAAAUCUAAUCUCUUCUGGCAUAAUCUCUUUUCUUUGGGGGGCAGUGUUGGCAUCAAGUAGAAUUUUUCGGCCACUGUGUUUGUUACCUAACCAAAGUGGCAGUUCUCCAGAGGAACUGAUAACAACAGCUGGAUCAGUGCGUUAGUUUUGCAUAGACACAGCAUCCUUCAUAUCUCCUAGUUUCUGUAUCAGAAGGGUUCUCUGUUGCAAGAACGUUGACCGAAAUAUAUAUACAAUACUGACAUGGAGAAUUUCUUUCACUUUUUUAGUCUUAGUAUAAUCAUCUAUUUUUAUAUAUAUAAAUAUAUGUGUAUAUAUAUCUAUAAAUCACAGAUUUUAACUUCUUAAUUACAAGCUCAGGGUUGACACAUCUUUGUAAGAAAAAAAAUGUUUUGUCAACCAGCUUUUACUUGUGUUGCGCUGCUUGGAAAAGGGCAUCCUUCCUCUCGUGAUUGGCAAAUGCAAGAAUCAAGAAGAGAUUUCUUUUUCUUUUUUGCAUUUUCGGCUGUCUGCUUCAUAUAGGCUUGCAAGAAGGUGGCAUUAAUCCCCUUUCAUUAUGUGUGCAUUUGGGGGAAUGUGCAAGAGAUAUUUACUUGGAACAGUGCAACUAUGGCCCCUUCCACACAUGAAGAAUCAUGCACUUUCAAUACACUUUGCAGCUAGAUUUGACUGUGCGGAAUAGCAAAAUCCACUUGCAAACAAUUGUGAAAGUGGAUUGAAAGUGCAUUAUUCUGCAUGGUCGGAAGGGGCCUUGGUGAUGACAGCAGUACUCCUGUACCCAAAUUAUGCAUCUGGAUUGCACUCUUGAGGUGUCGAAGUCCAGGACUCUGAUCCUGCUCCCAUAUGGCAUCAAUAUAAAUAUCUCCUCUCUUGCUACUAGGCUAUUGAGUCAACCUAGCUGCCUCUUUCUAAGGCCAUAUUGGCAGGAUCCAGGGAAGAGUGCACAGGAAGUACCUCUGCAGGCUGCCUUGGACUUCCCAAGUGGCAAUAACAGCAGCACAGGACAUUAUAUCAGGGUGAGGCAUAUCUGCCAUCUCAUCCUGUGUAACCACCUUUGCUGCAUGGGCGCUUUAGAGCCAGCACGGUGUAGUGGUCAAGAGAAACAGACUCUAAACUGGAGAACUGGGUUUUGAUUCCCCACUCGGCCAAGUGAGCAGCAGACUCUUAAUCUGGAAAAACAGAUUAGAUUCCCCACUCCUCCACAUGCAGGCUUCUGGGUUAAGCUAGUCACAUCUCUCUCUGAACUCUCUUAGCCCCACCUACCUCACAAGGUGUCUGUUGCAAGGAGGGAAAAGGAAGGUGAUUGUAAACGGCUUUGAGACUCCUUAAAGAUAGAGAAAAGUGGGGUGUAAAACCAACUCUUCUUCUCCCACGUCAUAGCCACCACUGCCCACCAUUCUCAGUAAGCCCAUGCAUCCAGUAGCCUGCUGCAUGCCAAGUCCCAGAGUCCAGCCUGUGGUAAAUGAUUUGCUCAGUGCACUGGUGACCUCAGUCAGUGCAGGCCACCGUGCAAGAGGGGAAUUUGCAACUCUGUGCUCAGCCUGGGAAAGGGCUGGCAGGGGAUGGGAGGUUUAUGUUGAUGAGUGCCAGUUCCUCCACCUCUUGUCCUCCAUGCAUAAGGGAAGCACACUCAUUGCCCACAUGACUGGACUGGAGCAAGAAAGCAUAAGCCAAGCUCUUAACUACCUAUGCCAAUUAAAAUGGGCUCCUUGUUUGUUAGAAAUGGGCUGCCCAGUUUUUGACAACCCUUGUAGAGUUAAUAAAGAAAACAUCAGCUAAACACUUUCAAGUAAGCCGCUCACAUUGCAAUACAGACAAUGUGAACUGUACAUGAUUUCAGAAGCUCAUUUCGCCCACUAAUGAUAAUUAGCUAUCGAUUUAGUAAUGAAAGUAGUAAGCUCACAGCACAAAUGUAUAAAGUAUACCUAAGCACUUUUACAACGAAAAGAAAUGAACAGUAUAUACCAUGAAUAACGAUAUGCUAUGUCAAAUAAGAAAACAAAAUGUAGAGCUUUUGAUUUACAAAAAGAGAUUGUAUUCUAUUUUUUAUUAUUUAAAAUGUUAUACAAUCCAACCUUGUCAGUCCUAUCCAGAUUUACACCCAUUUUACAGACCCUUUGCACUGUAUUUCUCUCAUGCAAUGGAUGCUGUUUUGGCCACAAUCCACACACAGAACCUUCUUCUUUACUUAAUUGCAGACUUCAGCCAGCACAGAAUCCAGAAAGCAACCUUAUGCUGGACUGUAGUCAACCAUCAUUACCAAUAUGAAUCCCAUUAAUUCCAAAUGGAUGAAUAUGGCUAACUUCCUCUGAACUGGAACCUUGAUAGCUCCUAUUCCCAUCCCAUUCAUUCAGAAUAUCUAACAGAGGAUAUGGAUUAAAUUGACUGCUUUAUUUUGAAACCAUCCAGUGGCCCAUUCAGUUGAAAGGCCCCGAAGUCUUAAGCAGAGGCCAUUUGCAGGCUUGUUGAUUUCACUGGAGAUGUUGGGGUUGAAUCUGGGACAUUUCAAGUUCUCCACCUCUGGUCCUAAAUGAACUAUUUAAAUGGGGGAUAAGUAACCCUUUAACAUGUUUCCCAUCAAAUUACUUAAUCUGACUAAUUAAAACUAAGUCAUCUUGGUUGACCUGAGCCUGGGGUGAGUUAAUACUCUGUGUUUUCACAGGGAAAUGCUCCACAGGGUAUACAUUUUUGAUGACUAUCUCCAGUGCCAUAUAUUUUCAGUGGUUGAACUUUAGGUCACUCAGACUAUAUGGGAGUACUUGUGUAACAAUUAAUAACCUUCAACAAUGUUAAGGGAGAUCCUCUGUCCAUGGAGAUGCAACUGAAAGCAUCCCUUUGAUAAAGGCUCCCAUUUCUCCCCCUUCUGUAAGAUACACAUCUUAGUAUGUGGUUUGUCAGCAUGAAAAGUAACAAACACACAUUCAUGGCAGGACCAUAGAGAUCGUCCACAUGAUAGUGGUUGUUGAGGCCUAGGAUCUAGACUAAGAAAUCUUUGCAUGUGAGGAGGAAUGCCCGAGGGGGGAAGCACUGGGAACCUUCUCCUGCGGAGACUUCCUUAGAUGAUGAGAGAAAGAAGAGGAGCACCAAGGACUGUGCUGCCUUUAUACCCCUUGUUUGGGAAACCCUGCUAUUACUGAUAGAUAUCAAGCCCUUACCCAAAAUGUCAUUAGCUCUGUCAUCCCACUUUUACCCCCUACUAGUCCCAGACUCAGUCACUGCUAUAUCUUGAGAUGUAUAGCUAGAGAGCUCACCUAAGAUCAGAGCUCUGACCCUUCCGCUGAUGUCUAGGACUGUGGCAGAAUAUAUAAGGCUUGCUAGGCUUUAGAUCAUAGCUAGGUUCACCCUGUCAACUACCUGCUUAUUACUCUUAGCCUUGCCUCCACCUCUGCUGUUCUGUGUCUAGAUUCCUGAUACCAUCUGGGCCAUCCUGAGCAGUCACCUCCUCCUUUGAAGUCAGUGAACUUAGAAAAGUGUAACACUGCAUGUCAGCCAUCUUGAAUUGUAUGUUCACCACGGCUGCCUAUCUCCUGCUCUCUGGCAGGAAUUACGGAUAUGCUUCCCAGCAAUGGCUGCUCCAUGCUAUGGCUUGGUGUGGAGAACUUGUUCUUUGUAGCGUAUGCUUUUUAUAGGGUAAUGUUAUUUUGAGCUCACCCUACAAAUGACAUCAGUUAUAGUCCAUUUCUUUUGAAAGCUGGUUCUUUAUUUAUGCAUAAUAGUUAAGAACAAGCCAGCUGGAUCACACCAAAGUCCAUCUAGUCCAGCUCUCUGCUACUCUCUCUGCUAGUUAAAUGUUGCCAAGUCACACCUGACUCAUGGUGAUCCUGUAAAGUUCUGCCUCAUGGAGUUUUCUAGACAAGAGAUGAGCAGAGGUAAUUGGCCAUCACCUUCCUCUGCAUAGCAAUCCUGAACUUCCUUGAUGGUCUGCCAUCCAAAUACUAACCAUCUCAACUCUGCUUAGCAGUCCAGGUCUGACAAGAUCAGGCUAGUCUGGGCUAUUUAGGUUGCUUUUUGACAUUAUUUACUUAUGUAUACAAAUAAUUUUUAGAAGUGUUUUUUACUUACCCUAAUCUUCCUUAUACCACAUAAUGUUAUCCUUUCAGUACACUUAGGCUAUUCCAGAAUGCCAGGCUUCUUGCUUGACUUUUGGCAAUGUAAUGAGCCAGCCAUAAAACAGAGAUGAGUAUCAUUUGCGCCUAGUUAUGCUCUAUUGAAAUACAAUAGCACUAGCAGUAAAGCGUGUUGUACUAGCAAAUACAACAGGCUCUAUAAAACUGUUGGUGGGUUAAUGGCACCCACUAAGCUGGCCAACCCUGCUGCCUUUCCUCCCCCCUUGGCCCUGUGUCACCAGCUCCCUACUCAUCCUCUCCCCAGAUGCCUGCAUCAGCACAUAAGAGUUAACGGCCCUCCUGCCUUUCCUCUCCUUGGUCACCAGCUCCCUCCUCCUCCUCUUCCUAGAUACCUGCUUCUCUUCCCAAAUGCCUGUAUCACCGUGCAACAGUCAAUGACACAGUUGUGGCCACCAGCAGUUACAGCCUUCUUAUAGGGAGUGACCAAUGCCUGUGCCUGUUCCUCCUCUGGCAGAUGGUACAGUGACAAUAAUUAUUCAGCAUUGGGGGAGAAGCAUGAGAGAGUGAGUGACUACCACAUUCAGCUGUUUUAUUUGUGUUGUUUUUUUUAUCCGUUCUGUGUAAGCCCCGUCCCAAGCUGUAUAUGCAUGGCGAUUGAGUUUCGUGUGGUGAUUGGCUGGAAGUGAGUCGUUGCCACCACUGCUAGCCUUUUAUAUAAUAGAAUUAUACCAUAUAUUCCACUUCUGCUGCAUCUACUAUCAGUUUUAGUGAGAGGUAGCAGAGAAUAUGGUAAGACCCUAUUCGUAGGCCUAGAUUUAAGGAUUGGCAAACUACAGUUGAAGGCUUCUAAAUAAGAAAAAAGUCAGGUGACUCCCAGCCAAAGCCCACAGCUGCCAUACACCCAUGCUCAGACAAACUGUGCUGUCAUAUUUUCAGUUUCCUUUCUGUGGAGAAUAAGGACUUUUUGUUGUUGUUUGUAAAGGGCCUCUUAAAAUAAUGUAGUUUAGGGCCCUAUCCAUUAUUCAGUCUGGCCUAUAGGAGUUGGAAUGAACUAAGACCAGUUUAUAAGACUGCUCCAGAUAUCUGAUGAAAAGAGCUUUCAUCAGAAGAAAGGAGAGGACUCAAGACCAGCUGUAAACACUGCCUGACAUUUGAGCAAUCUCUCUCUAAGGUGGCUUUCUACUGGCAAAGCAAGUGCAGGCAAAAGUGUAUAAGAUCAGUCUCCACUAAUUUCCCCCUUUCAAUGGACUGUAUCUACAUUUGGGCCCUGGGACAAUUUUGUUUAAUAGUUAUUGCCUAAACAGGACAGGUAUCUUCUAUGCUUAAUUAAGCCCAUGCUUCUCAACACCUAUGAAAACCACCCGACCAUUUCCACUAUCCAUAAUUCCUCACAAAACACAGCCUGCUGCUCGCAGCUACAAAAAACACCUACAAUUAUGACCAUAUGCAAACGAGAGAUAAAGCAGGAAGGAGGUUGCAUGAGGUUCCAUUUGCUAGCAUUGUCUGUAUACUGGGUUCUCAGACAUGUGUAUCCUUAGCACGCUGUUGCCCAAGUGGGCAUUUGUUGACACACUAACAUUGCAUGUGUAGCAGGAUUGCAGCUCUAACAACCCACUUUAAAGGCCAGGUUUAAAGAGCUAGUACAUUAUUUCUUACAGCAUCAUGUUCAAAUUCAGCCUUAAGGUCUGACCCCCGGAGUGACAUGGAAACAACUUCUGCAUGACUGCAUUGCUGCUCCAGCAGUGCCCGUAGGAAGGCUUGGUGGCUGAUGCACUUAUUAACUGUAUGAACAUCAACACCUCUCUGGGCACUGACAGCAUGUGGCAUGGGAAGGAACCAUCUCAUUUGCCUGACCCAUGUUCUGCAUGCAUUAAUUAGAAAGUAGUGGGAUCCAGUCAUGUGGAAAUGGCGGUUAUGGUUCUCAUAUGAAUGAAUGGAGGUGGUGAUCCAGCCAUAUAUUUAGUGUUUCAGGAGAACGGAUGGUGAGAUGCUUUGGCAUUCUAUGUUUCUUAAGAAGGAAAUUUUGAUACAGAGUCUCUGAUUGGAGAAGCCAGAUGCUUCCCGGUGAAAAGGAUACAACCUCUUCAACAUGCAGCAGAUUUUGACUGAUAAGGAUAAGGAGGGAACACGUCUCCAUUUUCCAUGCUGUGAUCAUAGUCCAUAGAUUAAUACAAAAGUUGUAUCAGGGAUGAAUUUGUCUGCUCAUGUGAAUCUGUUUAUUUCUCCACAGUAGACAUUGUGAUCACUGUGUACGAGGUGUGCACAUCACUCUCAAAUAGUCCCUAAAGUUUGAAAUGUCUCUUUUUCACACCUCACAUUGUCUUGGAAUGUGAAGGAGCUAUUAAAUCUACAGAGCGUGUUGAAUUUCUGAGUUAGGAAAUAAAAGUUUAAAAACCUGGUGCUUCUAAA